AGAUACCCAAGUGACGCUUUCUGUUUGUUCUUAGCAAGUUGCCGCUUAAAUGUCACUGCCUUUUACUAGAUACUGUUGGGCACUUUAUUUCAGAAUAUAUUUGAAAUAUUUAACCGCUCUUAAAUAAGGAAAACAUGGCCGUUUUCGGUAUAAGAAACAAUCAUAGGAGGCGAUAUGUUAUUCUGUUUUUGAGUCUCAUGUGCUUCAUUAUAUACCGACACUUCAGAGGUCCGACCGGAAAUAUAAAGAUAAAUCGAUCAAUGGGUCUGAGGGUGAACUCUUCCCAGUUCACUCUGGGAGGAAAGCCCUUUCGGAUUCUGGGGGGCUCUUUACACUACUUCCGCUUGCCCAAAGCUUACUGGAAGGAUCGGAUGGUGAAAAUGAAAGCCUGUGGUCUCAACACUCUCACUGUUGAUGUGCCAUGGUCUCUCCAUCAGCCAGAGAAAGGAGAACUACGUUUCCAGGGAGGCCUUGACAUAGAAAGUUUCCUUCACUUGGCUGCAGAGGUGGGACUCUGGGUAAUUUUACGUCCAGGCCCGUACAUAGGCUCUCACCUUGACCUUGGAGGACUACCCAGAUGGUCCUCCAACAGACAGUCUACCAAGCAGUCUUUACAAGUCUGGCUUUUGCGUGAUAGAGAUAUGAUGCUGCGAACCACUUACCCAGGCUUCAUAGUGGCUGUAAACGUGUACUUCGAUAAGCUAAUUCCCAAAGUGGUGCCUUUCCAGUUUAAGAAAGGGGGGCCUAUCAUUGCCGUUCAAGUGGAGAACAAAUAUGGAUCACAUGCAAGAGAUGGAAACUACAUGUCAUUUAUCAAAGAGGCUUUCCAAGAAAGAGGCAUCAGUGAAAUUCUCCUAACAUCAGACGACCACGAGGGUCUAAAAUAUGGUGGCGUCCAAGGAGCUUUAAGAACUCUAAAUCUACAGAAAAUUAAUCAUGACGACAUCAAAUAUCUGGAAACAGUACAGCCCAACAGUCCUGUGCUGGUGAUGGAGCUCUGGACAGGGAGGUCUGAUGGAUGGGGCGGUUUACACCAUAGUUUACCUGCAGAGGACUUGGUUGCCGUGGUAAGAGAGAUACUGAGACGAGGAAUGUCCAUCAACCUGUACAUGUUCCACGGAGGGACAAACUUUGGCUUCAUGAAUGGAGCAUUGGCCAACCCAUCUUACAAAGCUCUGGUUACAAGCUAUGAUUAUGAUGCUCCUCUGUCAGAAGCAGGAGAUUACACACCAAAGUACCAUCUUCUCAGAGAUCUUCUCAGCAAUUUCAACAGUGAAAUCCUCCCUGAGAUGCCUGGUCUCCACUGGAAAGAAGAAUAUGAGGCGGCCAUAUUGUUCCAGCACCUGUCCCUGUGGGACGCUCUGCCAUACACACAUGAGCCUUUCAAAUCCCAAUUCCCGGUCAAUAUGGAGAAUCUGCCUGUGAAUAACGGUAACGGCCAGGCAUAUGGAUACACCCUCUAUGAGACCACCAUCAUCAGAGGAGGCUCUUUAAAAUCAGGACGCAACAUCCAAGACAGAGCCCUGGUUUUUGUGAACCAAAGUUUCAUUGGCAUUUUUCACCACAGAAAUGUAGAAUUAGCUGUUCCUGAUGGAAAGGAGAAACGCACUUUGGGUCUGCUGGUGGAGAACUGUGGCCGUGUGCAUUACAGUAAAGACAUGGACAACCAGCGCAAAGGUAUAGUUGGGAACAUUUUAUUAAAUCAUACACCUCUUAGAGACUUCACAAUAUAUAGCCUUGAUAUGACUCCUGACUUUAUUGACAGCUUGUACAGGGCACCUUGGAAGUCCGUCCCUAACAAACCAAGCUUCCCAGGAUUUUUCCAGGGAAGGUUAUUCGUGAAUGGAUAUCCCAGCGACACUUUCAUCAAGCUGCCAGGUUGGAGUAAGGGUGUAGUCUUCAUUAACGGCCAAAACAUCGGACGGUACUGGGAUGCUGGACCACAGCAAGCUCUAUUUCUACCAGGACCCUUCCUCAACAGUGGAAUGAACCAGGUGAUUGUGUUUGAAGAAGCAGAAGCGGAUUUUAAAAUCCAGUUUGAAGGUUCUCCUGAUCUGGGAAUGACAGUUGACAUUUAAUGAACAAUUCAAAAAUGUUUUAUGUAAAUGAACGUAAGGCUAAAGACACAGGACUGCACUAUCAAAUACAUAAACACCAUCAAAGUGCCUGAACAAAAAAUGAAAUGAACAAAAAGUUGUAUGUCACUGUUGGAUUGUUAAAGCAUUAAUAGCACAUUUGUAUUAAUAACAUGGCUUUGCAUUCCAUGAUAUUUCUAAAAUAUUUAAACAAUCAAGUUUUUCAUGAAAAAGAGCAGUCUUGCUGGGGACCAUGUUAUUGUUAAAUUUGUGCUGAAAUGGAAAAUGUUUGAGCAUGUUGAGAUGGACUGCCUAUUAUAACUCCGCUGAGGGUGUAUGUUUGAAUGACAGCUUUAUUUAUUUGCAAGACAAGGUAGAUUUAUGUUUUUGAUUGUCUCAUGCUGUUUACUGGCUGAAAUUGGUCAUAUUAGUGCAAUACAUUUUUUUUUUAAUUUCUAUAUGAAAACGUAAAUGUUGCACUGGCCAUGUACUGUAGGCAACAGGAAGUUACUGAUUUCUCUUUCAGUAAUUUCCACAGGCAGUCAGUUGUUUACAUGAGUGCAUUUACUGUAGAUCCAGCGUUAUCGUGGCGUUUUCCCUUUUUGCAAACACUGAGAAAGAUUUUAUAUACAACUUAAACUGUAAAACUGAACUUGUAGCAUUGUUUAUGCUACAGGCAUACAUGAUACCUCAUACUGUACAGUUCAAGUCAGGAAGGAUAUUUUUAAACGAUCAGACUUCGGCCUAAAUUUCAUCUGGCAGACAAUAAAACGGUUUAAAAAAAAAUCCAACCUGAGCCAUAUCUAUGGUCCGAAUAUGAUUUUGUGAUCGUGUGACAACAACCACCUAGCAAUCAAGCUUUCAUCAAGUACUAUUUCCAGCCAAACUGCAUCAAAACUUCAACUUAAAUCAGCUUUGUAAACUUUUUAGAAUCAACGUUUUCCAGAGCAUUUUCUGGAAUAAGUCACUGGGAAUUUCACUUAAAUUCUUUUUUAAACUGAGAAUUGCUGGUAUACACUGCACGACUUUUAAAAUCUGAACAAAUUUCACAACACUACGCAUUAUAAACUUUGUAAAUGGUUUCAGAAAAAAAAGGGCAUCAUACACUAAAUGAGUGAAGAUCACACAUUAAAUAUGUAGUAUUGCAUUUUUACACAGAACACCUAAAGAGUCUGUGCCCAUCAAACACCAUGUGAUUUUCUGUCACAUCCGCACUGUAAGAAAAUGCUUGUAAUUUUAAUUGUAAAUGAUUACCAGAAAAAUGAUAAUACACUCUUAAAAAUAAAGGUGCUUCUAAAGGUUCUUCAAGCAAAGCCACAGAAGAACCAUUUCUGGUUCCACAAAGAACCAUUCAGUCAAAGGUUCUUUAAAGAACCAUCUCUUCCUUACCUUUUUAUAAUCUGAAGAACCUUUCACCACAAAGAACCUUUUGUGAAACAGAAAGGUUCUACAGAUGUUAAAGGGAUCCCUGGGUAUUAAGAUUUGUAUGGCUUAAUAUAACGUAAAUUAUGUCUCUUACUGAAAUAUGUAGUAGAAAACCCAUUAAAGAUUUAUGUUAUUUUAAAAAAUCGCCUCGUUUUAUACAUAUUUUGAACAAUGGGGUGCGACAUUUUUCUGAUGACGUAAAAUGGUUGCAUUGGUGAGCUACUGCUGCUACCUGUUGCUAUUUUUACCACAACACUCGGAAUAGACAACUCGGAAAAUAAAAUACUGAUAUGAUGACCACAGCUACUGAAAGAGCUUACAGGUGGCGAUGGAAAUAAGUAUAGGUUUAAACCAAAUGCUGUACCAUGGAUUUUUCCCCACAAAGAGUGUAAACGCCCCGGAUAUCGCUGAGAGACUCCUCUAGCGGCCGCGCGUCUGCAUGUUUACAUCUUAAAACAUAUGGCAUCUAGCGUUUCUUGUCUCUUGCCGUUUGUAAGCUCUUUCAGUAGCUGUUGUCUACUAAAAGACUCAAAGGCAUCAGGGCUAAAGUGGAGAGAACAAAGAAGCGGGUCUUUAGGAAGUUUUUUUCGUCCACAGGCAUCCCAUUCUUUUCUCCUCUUCUUAUCGCUAGGAAAGCAGUGAAGUCUUACAUUACAUCGCUUCUUUUGUUGCCCUUCGACUGAAAAUUACAACCAAAAGUCUCACAAUGUGGUAUCGUAUCAGUAUUUUAUUUUCUGAGUUGUGUUGCGGUAAAAAGCGCCAGUAGCUCACUGAGUGCAACCAUUUGACGUCAUCAUUUAAAAAUAACAUACAUUUUCAUG